AUGUCUGUCUUAUCGCCAAUCAUUCCCCCCACGCGGGUGCCCCACGCAGCCUGGAUUUUCAUCAUCCCUGAACUACUAGAAUCCAUACUCCUAAACCUGGACAUGCACACCCUGCUGAUCUCCACCCGAAUUUGUCAUCUCUGGAACAACCUCAUCAGAACCUCUCCGAGGCUCCAAACAGCACUAUUCCUCCUUCCCCAGUCGGCCGCGACAGCGCCAGACCAGCCAAGGACCAAGAACACGCUCCUCCUCGACAUCAUAUGGCCGCAAUUCAUCGCCCGAAGGUUAACAACGCGUCCGCGCCCGGCAUAUAUCGGUGCAUGGUUUCCAGACAUAAGCUCUACCGAAAAAGAAGAGGCAUACCUCCGCCCGGAAGCCAGUUGGCGACGAAUGUUCCUUCACCAGCCCCCAACCUCACGGGCAAGUUUCAUCGAGGGCCCCGAUAUCAGGAAAGGCCCACUACACAGCUACAUAAAAUGUGGGUGCCAUGAAGGUCCGAUCCGCUUGCAGGAUCUGGAAUGCCUGAUUGACUCCGGAGCCAUUGUUCCGGAAAGUCCUUAUCCGUUCGUGUUUGGGACCCGUGGACAUGACUUCUGGUUGCAGGAACAUGCAUUUCCGGGCAAUUCACGGAAGGGGAUUGACAAGCAGUUGGGCAUGUCUGAGUUUAUCGUCUUAUCCAUCGAAGGGACUUUUGAUGAGUGGGUUGAGAAAAAUAAUAACCCGCGACUACGACGAAGCAAGGUCCAACGUCUGUGGAGUAAGGCGACAAAACGAGAACAAAAUAGGGUGGAGUGUGUUUCGCGACGAUUCCGUUGGGAAAAGGAGUUCCGUUGGCAUCGGGAACAUGAUAUGUUGGACUUAUUCGCGGAACGAUUCGGACUGACGUACGUCUCUGAAGACGAUUCAUCGGAUGAUUCGUCUGAUGAGGACUUAGAUAACUCCGGGGAUGAAAGUGUUCUCGUUUGA